AUGGUAAAUAGGCAAAAUGGCUUCUUCGCUAAGCUGACAGGCCUGACAUCCACCGUGUUCAACUUCAACUUGGAGAACAUCCACGAGGCCGUGGAUGAGAAUUUAACAGCGCUGGAAAGAGCUGUACUGUACGGAAACAGCAGCAAAAAAUGCCGGAAAAUAAUUUUUGUUAAAGAGUUGGUGAAGUCCCUAAAUAGUAUAGGCUAUGAGGAUUUUAAGAAGGUCAUUUAUCCCCUUCUUGUAAAAUUAAGCAAUGAUAAAGAAGAAAUACAAUACGAGUUGUGUUGUCAGAUAGGUGACCUGUGUGCGUACUUGCUGCAGAGUAACAAUGGGCCCGACGGGUGCGCAGAUAUCAUUAAGUUUCUUUUCCCCAUCCUCGAGCGGAUCAUCAGAAAUGGGCAAGGCGGCGCUGGCGGCGGGACUGGCGGCGGGAUAAGCGGCGGGAAUGGCGUCGGAAGUGUUGGCGGAAGUGUUGGCGGGAAUGGCGGCGGGAUAAGCGGCGGGAAUGGCGUCGGAAGUGUUGGCGGAAGUGUUGGCGGGAAUGGCGGCGGUGUCGGCGGCGGAGAGGUGCUCGCGAACGCGAUGAAGGCGCUGCUCAUCCUAGCCACGCACAUCAAAGCCAAGUACCGAAAGAGCAUAAUUUUCCCCUUCAUACUCUCGUUGGCCUCCAGCGAAAAAUUCAAGAAUCUGGGAUUUGUUCUAUUGAUUAAAAUUUCUCAUAUAUUUGAGAGAGAAAUGAUAUCCAGGCAUUUAUUCCCAUGCAUCGAGUCCUUCGUUAGGGGAAAAGACCAAGAGAGCAAGUUAUUCCUCUCCUGUUACCUCCAUAAUAUAUGCAAAAUUGUAAACGAAGAAGAAUUGAUAAUCAUAUUAUAUAUGCUCAAAUCGUUAUGUAAUGAUCCAAAUGACAUUGUAAAAAUAAUUAGCAUGUACAACUGUGUGCAUGUGUCAUGUCUUUAUUCAAAGAGUCUCUUUCUGCACUUUUUUGUUCCUCUAUUUAAUGAAUUUUUGAAAAAUUCAAAUUUGUAUAUAUUUUAUUACGCCUUGAUCAAUAUGCUGUUUUUUAUUUCCCUUUUUGAGGAUAUGGAUCUUAUUCAUCCUUUUUACAUUCAUAAAAUGAUUUUUUUUUUCAAUAAUGUUUUUUCUUCUCACUUGUUUACGUUGAAUUAUUUGAAUGACACAGCUAAGCGGCAGAGCAGCUAUGCUUUGGUGGGUGUCCCCCGGGGGGGUGAAGCGGCAUCCCCAGUGGGUGAAGCGGCAUCCCCAGUGGGUGAAGCGGCAUCCCCAGUUGGAGAAGCGGCAUCCCCAGUGGGUGAAGCGGCAUCCCCCGUGGGAGGAGCACACAAAACGGAGGAACCACACCGAGUGGCCGAGACAGACAUUUUGAGCAACCCAAAUGUGGACGUGCCAACUGGUGUUACUCCUUCGAAAGAGGAAGGACCAAGUAGCGACUCAAGAGAAAUAUCACAUGGUCAGUCUAGCCAAGACAACGGAGGGAGAAGCGACACAUCACACCUCUCAGCAAAGGAUGAAUCGGAUGCAUUCGAAAGAAAUCAUGAAGGGAAGCGAGAAGUACAGGAGGAUGAGACGACAACACUCACGAUGAGCUUCGUAAGUGUGAAACAAAACGUUCAUAGCCAGUCAGUCAAUAUGGAGGAGGCCCAGCAAAUGGGGGGAAACGGAUUCUAUUCAAAGUCGGACAAUCAUGUGAAGGAAAAUAAUACUGAUGGCGCUGCACAGUCUAACACGUUGGAAAAUGUGAAUGGAGACGAAAAUGGAACAGCAGCUGUGCAGAACGGAUUAUCCCUUUUCCCUUCGUCGUCCUCCUUGCUGGAGUCAUCCAAUGCGACAUCACUCCUUCCGUCUCUGCUGCCAUCCCCAUCCACGUCCUCGCUCAUCACCCCCGGAUCAACGUCCAUUUUUGUCAACAACGGCUUUAUUAACGACCUCAUAAUUAGCAACAAUCAUUUUGCGGUGAGCGUUAGGCAGUUUUUUCAAGUGCACGGUGGAGAAGCUGGGGGGGCGAGCGAAGGGACUAAAGAGAAGGGCGUCCCAUUAGGGGAAGAAAAAGAAGUAAAAGUAAAAGAGGAAGAAAAAGAAGAAGAAAAAGUAAAAGUAAAAGGGGAAGAAAAAAAAAAGGAGAGCGAACCUACACAUGCGUGGAACCAUCGGGAUGAACUGUUUAACCUCACCGAUAAUGACAUCACCUGCAUAGACGGAGUAUACAAUCACGAUAAAACGAUUGACAUAAAUCAAAUUAAAGGAUGGUACUUCAGUGACGUGGAUCUAAUCAAGGGGGAUAUGGCAUACGGUGCGAUGUUUCUUCGGAAGGGAGGGAAAAUCGAUACCCAUAGAGAGCGACGCCCACGUAAAAUACACCUAAACCAAAAAGAAGACCACAUUUACAAUAUCGAAGCGGUGAAUGUAGAGACCAUUAAGAAGAAAUUUUUAUUUGACACCCCAUAUAACAUCAUCGUGUCUCACAACAUAAACGCAGUGUACAUCACGGCCCUGCAUAUCCCCACUCUCAUCCUAGUGCUCAAGCAACACUUCUUCAGAUUUUUCUCUCACGUUUUUUUUUUUGUAUGUACCUAUCCGUACUAUAUCAUUAGGAAAACCAUGGCGUCUUUGUUUUAUGAAAUUUUGAUAAAUUUUCUGGAGCCCUCGAAUUUUUUAGAAAUGACUGUUGAUGAGUUAAAUGGGGAAGAGGACAUGAUGGCCAAAUUUAGGAAAAGCGGAGCGGAUAAAAUUUUGAGAAGCGGGGCGGAUAAUAUUUCGAAAAGCGGAGCGGAUAAUAUUUCGAAAAGCGGAGAGGAUAGAAUUUUGAGAAACGGAGCGGAUAAAAUUUUGAGAAGCGGAGAGGAUAAAAUUUCGAAGAGGAAGAGUGACACGUUUUCCUAUCCCCACCUCCUCAAAACGGACUGCGAAAGACAGCGAGGUGGUAAGAAUCACUCUACUAAACAAGAUUUUCCUCAAAUCACACAGACAUUCAACGUAGACUACGCCACCUACUGCAAUAUGAAACGCAUACAGAACAUGAAAUCGGUGACAAGUGAUGAGAGGAUAAAUCACCUGGACAAGAGUAGUUCGUCGGGACGUGCACUGAGUGAUAGUACGCCUCCCACAUCAAAUGGACCUACGGAGAAGCAACAAGGGGGGGAUAAUUAUUCAGACGGUGGAUAUUCGCAGGGGGAGAUCCAUGAUCAGGGCGCUAGCCAAGUGGGGGAAGAUAUGGGGACACAAAUGGACAAAGGGUCGGAAGAAGAUCUGCAGGAGAGAACCAACAUAAUCAAACGAGUGCAAAGCGAAAUUAAUGCCAACCUACACGAAAGCGAUUUUUUUAGAAAUGAAGAAAAUGAAAAUUUUUUUUUUUACAAAAAAUUUCUACACAAAUAUGAAGCUAUAUAUGAGAAAUACAUUCAAAGGUUUAGAAAAUAUUACAGUGAGGAUUCUUCCCUUUUUUUUUUCCACUUUUUUGUUUGUUACUUUUUGAGGGAUUCAAACGUGCUGGUUAAGAAGGCCAUCCUGAAGAGGUACGAUAAAAUGGUUUUACUUUUCCCGAGCUUCGUACAGAAGGUGCUCAUGUCCUACUUGUCUUAUGUGCUGGAUGUCAAGACUCUGGAUUAUUCCCUGCGCAAGAGGGUGUCUAAGGUGGUCUGCCGGAUGCUGUCCUGCGCGGAGGAUGCGCAGGUCGUCCGCAGGUUCCUCUUCCCUCUAUUCCUCAGACUGUGCAAGGACGACGUCGCCAUCAUUCGCACCUACACGGCUAGCUACUUCUACCUAUUCCUCGAAAAGGGGUGCCCCCAGAUAUAUACCUUUUUCAAGGGGGGGGGUGAAAUAUUACCCAUAGAAGAGUAUAAGAAAGACAGGAUACUGACCAAUGGAGAGAAAUACAAACUCAGGAGUCGGUACUUCACAGGGGGGGAAGAAAUUACUCUCGUCAAAACAAUUUUAGUAAUGUUUUCAAGGAGUUGCCAUUUCUGUGACCGACAGAUUUUUAUAAAAAUGUGCGACGGGGUUAUCAACGAAUGCCCAGCGAACCUCUUCCUGCUGUACUUCCUCAAACCAUUUGUAAAUUUAUCCGUUGACAAAAUUAAAGUUGUCAGAACGACAUGGGAUAAGUGCGUAAUUUCGCAGCUUAAGAAAAAGGGACACUUUCUGAAUGCGAUAAAUAUUUGGGGCAAACAAAAAGAAAUGCAGGCACAACAGGAAACGACGACAGUUGAUAGAGAGAAUUCUUCCACGCCCAAAAAAAAGGACAGCGAUCAUGUGCUGGAUAAAACUUUUGACAUUCACGACUUGAAUGAUUAA